AUGCUUUCUGUACGCACACCGUCUGUUGGGACGCACUGCUUUCUGUACGCACACCUUCUGUUGGGACGCCCUGGUUUCUGUACGCACACUGUCUGUUGGGACGCGCUGGUUUCUGUACGCACACCUUCUGUUGGGACGCGCUGGUUUCUGUACGCACACCGUCUGUUGGGACGCGAUGCUUUCUGUACGCACACCGUCUGUUGGGACGCACUGCUUUCUGUACGCACACCUUCUGUUGGGACGCGCUGGUUUCUGUACGCACACGUUCUGUUGGGACGCGCUGGUUUCUGUACGCACACCUUCUGUUGGGACGCGCUGGUUUCUGUACGCACACCUUCUGUUGGGACGCGCUGGUUUCUGUACGCACACCUUCUGUUGGGACGCGCUGGUUUCUGUACGCACACCUUCUUUUGGGACGCGCUGGUUUCUGUACGCACACCUUCUUUUGGGACGCGCUGGUUUCUGUACGCACACCUUCUGUUGGGACGCGCUGGUUUCUGUACGCACACCUUCUGUUGGGACGCGCUGGUUUCUGUACGCACACCUUCUGUUGGGACGCGCUGGUUUCUGUACGCACACCUUCUGUUGGGACGCGCUGGUUUCUGUACGCACACCUUCUGUUGGGACGCGCUGGUUUCUGUACGCACACCUUCUGUUGGGACGCGCUGGUUUCUGUACGCACACCUUCUUUUGGGACGCGCUGGUUUCUGUACGCACACCUUCUGUUGGGACGCGCUGGUUUCUGUACGCACACCUUCUUUUGGGACGCGCUGGUUUCUGUACGCACACCUUCUUUUGGGACGCGCUGGUUUCUGUACGCACACCUUCUGUUGGGACGCGCUGGUUUCUGUACGCACACCUUCUUUUGGGACGCGCUGGUUUCUGUACGCACACCUUCUGUUGGGACGCGCUGGUUUCUGUACGCACACCUUCUGUUGGGACGCGCUGGUUUCUGUACGCACACCUUCUGUUGGGACGCGCUGGUUUCUGUACGCACACCUUCUGUUGGGACGCGCUGGUUUCUGUACGCACACCUUCUGUUGGGACGCGCUGGUUUCUGUACGCACACCUUCUGUUGGGACGCGCUGGUUUCUGUACGCACACCUUCUGUUGGGACGCGCUGGUUUCUGUACGCACACCUUCUGUUGGGACGCGCUGGUUUCUGUACGCACACCUUCUGUUGGGACGCGCUGGUUUCUGUACGCACACCUUCUGUUGAGACGCACUGGUUUCUGUACGCACACCUUCUGUUGGGACGCGCUGGUUUCUGUACGCACACCUUCGGUUGGGACGCGCUGGUUUCUGUACGCACACCUUCUGUUGGGACGCGCUGGUUUCUGUACGCACACCUUCUGUUGGGACGCGCUGGUUUCUGUACGCACACCUUCUGUUGGGACGCGCUGGUUUCUGUACGCACACCUUCUGUUGGGACGCGCUGGUUUCUGUACGCACACCUUCUGUUGGGACGCGCUGGUUUCUGUACGCACACCUUCUGUUGGGACGCGCUGGUUUCUGUACGCACACCUUCUGUUGGGACGCGCUGGUUUCUGUACGCACACCUUCUGUUGGGACGCGCUGGUUUCUGUACGCACACCUUCUGUUGGGACGCGCUGGUUUCUGUACGCACACCUUCUGUUGGGACGCGCUGGUUUCUGUCUGGUGCGUUACCGGUUUGCAGCUAACAGCAGCUAA